AUGGUGCCCAAGCACAUUCAGGACGACGAGUUGCCCGGCAAGGAUGUCGCAAAGGAGUUCUACGCCCACUACGAGCCCAAGGAGAUCCUGGGCCGCGGAGUGAGUUCUACGGUGCGGCGGUGUAUCGAGAAGGACACGGGACGAGAGUUCGCAGCCAAAAUCAUCGAUGUGUCCAGUACAGAUUCGGCCAACGAGUCCACUUUUCUCGAAGCCACCCGUCGGGAGAUUGUCAUUCUACGCAAAGCCAGUGGUCACAACCACAUCAUCGAGCUCCACGAUGUCUUCGAAUCCACAACGUUCAUCUUCCUAGUUCUUGAACUAUGUCCACACGGGGAAUUGUUCGACUAUCUCACCUCGGUCGUCACCCUCUCGGAGAAGAAGACCCGUCACAUAAUGAAGCAAGUGCUGGAGGCAGUGGCCUUCAUCCACGACCACGGAGUUGUUCACCGAGACAUCAAGCCGGAGAACAUUCUGCUCGACGAAAAGUUCAACGUGAAGAUCACCGACUUCGGUUUCGCCGCCGAACUCGGUCCCACAGAGCCCAGAUUGCGGGACCUCUUGGGAACGCCGGGUUACCUUGCACCCGAGCUUUUGAAAGCUUCGAUGUACGAGAACGAACCCGGCUACGGCCACGAAGUCGACGUUUGGGCUUGCGGUGUAGUGAUGUACACUCUGCUGGUCGGCUUCCCGCCCUUCUGGCACAGGAAACAGAUGAUCAUGUUGAGAGCGAUCAUGGAGGGUCGCUACGAGUUCAAGAGUCCGGAAUGGGAUGACAUAACCGAGACCGCGAAGGAUCUCAUCACGAAAAUGCUCACGGUCGAUCCCGCCAAACGGAUUACGGCUCGUCAGGCGCUUCAGCACGCAUUCUUCCACGGAGUGGGUCAGAGCAAGCAGAGUUUCAAUGCGAGGAGGGCAUUCCAUCUCGCUUGCAUAACUGUCAGGGCGAUGAUCCGAAUUCAACGACUGCGCUUCACACCCGAAAUGAUCACCACCGACAUCGUGAUCAGGGAGCCCUACAGAAUCAGGACCCUCCGGAAGGCCGUCGACGCGUGUGCCUUCCGAGUUUACAACCAUUGGGUGAAGAGAGGCGAAGUACAGAACCGUGCGGCUCUAUUCGAAAACCGAGCAAAAUGUGAUCUCAUCCUUCAGAAAGAGAUACGCAAGGAGCAACAGGCGUCGGCCUGAGCUCAAUUCCCCGGAGCGACGUUCGAGACUCGUUGACACAAUUCCAAUUUAUUGGACAUGCGUGGACUUUCAAGAGCUAAGAAUGUUGUGGGAGCGAUGCUUCAGAAACUUUGUCGGUGUGGGGGCUUGAUGAGCCUGAUUCUCCCUCGGUCGAUUGAAAGGGUCUGAUCUCGGAAACGAUGCAAUGUCGGACGAGUGUAAAAUGCUAAUGACGUCCGAAGAAAACGUUGCGGUGGUCGAGCUCUGCAUUUCCAAUUUCUCUAUUGUAUAUCUCGUGCUGUUCAACAGUUUGUAUAUAUAGAAUAACUUAUGGGAGUUCCGUUCCCUUCAAUAAAACUCAUUAACUUAGCGCGGUACUACUCCAUUCGAGCAACUCGCUUUGCCCUCCAAAGAAA